AUGUUGGAUUUGAGAGCAAGUAUCAACUUGAUACCAUACUCAAUAUAUGCACAACUUGGCUUAGGAGAAUUGAAACCAACUACCAUGUCUCUACAAUUGGCUGAUAGGUCGAUUAAGUAUCCUAGAGGCAUAAUAGAUGAUUUGCUUAUUCAAGUAGGAAAACUGAUAAUCCCUUGUAACUUCGUGGUUCUUGACAUGAAAAAUACACUAAGAAGGGAUAAGAAGCAAACAAUACUCUUUGGUAGACCUUUCAUAGCAACUACCAAAAUAGUUAUUAAUGAGCAUAAUGGGAAGCUAACUAUGACAGUCUUAGGAGAGACUGUAGAAUUUAAAGUGUUUGAUUCUUUAAUUCUAUCUCCAAGCACUUUAAUUGAUGAAUGUUCAUAUGUUGAUUGUAUGGAUUAUUUUGUUUAUGAAACAUAUUUACAAGAUAAGGAUGAUAAGUUAGAAGUUGCAUUAAUAUUGGAAAAAAUUGAAGAAAACUUAGACGAAGAAGUCUUAGACUUUCAUGAUAAGUUAGAUGAAGCUAUUCCAAUGUCACUUGAUGAAAACACUAUUAAAUCUUUAGAUUCUCCCAUUAGAAAAGAACUAGAAAUUAUUAAUGAACCACCUAAACUUGAGCUUAAGGAGUUGCCUAACAUGCUUAAAUAUGUCUUUUUAGGAGAAGGAAAUAUAUAUCUAGUAAUUGUAGCUUUUGAUCUUUCUCAUUCAAAGGAAGAGGCAACUAUUAGAUAA